CCGCAUCCACACUUCUAUCCAACCAUGUAGCGAAAGAACUGAUUUUCUUCAUCCACCCCACGCAGAAACGAUAGGAUGGUUUUCUUUCUUCCAUUUCUACGUGCCUCCAAAUCACCCCACUCCAGUGGGAAAGGGCCGCCUUCGUCGGGUAAUGCCUCUACAGCGUCAUUGGCCCCUCCAUCCUCCGUCCCGAUCACAACAGCAUCCGCAUCUUCCUCAUCUUCAUCUUCCGCCAUGGCGACACCGGCGUCGGCUACCCUUAUCGAAGCCCUCCGUAACAAUCCGUUCGGAACCGCCGGGAAGUCCAAGUGCCCCGCAACGAUUCUCAACAACGAAGAGGAGAAGGAGCAGGAGAGAGCGGAGCUUAAUAGAUCACUUGUGAUCCUAGCGGAGUUGUUCCCCGACGUGAAGAUCGAAGUGUUUCGUGAAUUACUUGUCCGCUUUGACGGAGAUAGCAGGCUACAGGUCUGCGUGGAGCAGCUGCUACGGUAUCGGAAUGAAUGGGUGAAAGGAAGAUGGAAUGUUCCGACGGCCACGGAUACUGAUUCGACACAGACUUCGAAACGAGUGUCUGAUAAAGGGGGGAAAGAUUCCGCUUGGACGAAGGCCGUGCCGGAAGAAGAGAUGUUCAGGAGCGACCACUACAAGAAAGCUGUCAAGACGGCAUUGUGCCAGGAGUUUCGCUCUAUAAGUCGGAGUGCUAUUGAUGCGGUCCUGGCGGAAGUCAACUACUCUUAUACGCGUGCCCGUCCAACGUUGAGGCAUCUAUCCCGCAAAACUUGGCGUGUGACUUUGGGCAAUAUUCUUUCUUUCAAGAAGAGCAAGGAGAAGGACGAGCCACCUCUACUUGUUUGGCAGCGGCAGCCAAAUGGUGAUAUUGGUCCUCAUUUGAAAGGAACUGGUUCAGCAGAGUUGGAUGGAGAGCUUCGUGAAACUUUCGUCGUACCCCUACUUGCCCGGAAAAAGGAAAGCCAAGAAGACGAGGAUCUCCGAUUAGCACAUGAGCUCAACGAAGUCGAAGCACAAGCCGCAGAUGCUCUAUACGAAUGCAGCUGCUGCCUUUCGGAUAUCGCCUUUGAACAGAUUUCGAUGUGCUCUGAGAGCUCUCAUGUGAUAUGCUUUACCUGCAUCCAGCGAACCGUACAUGAGGCACUAUUUGGACAGGGCUGGGGAAACUCAGUUAAUACCGAGAAGUCUACGCUUCGAUGUUUGGCUCCAUUGCAAAAUGGUGCUUGCAAUGGACUGCUGGACACAGAACUUGUGAAACGAGCUAUUCUUGCGGACAAAUCCGGUUGCGAAACGUAUCAGAAAUUCGAAAGCCGCAUUGCCGAAGAAUCCCUCCUGAAAUCACAGCUGAAGCUUGUCCGGUGCCCUUUUUGUUCGUAUGCUGAAUAUGAUCCUGUCUACCACCCUUCGCCCCCGGGCUUGACCUGGCGUUUCCGGCGCGCAAGUGUACUACCUACUAUUUGCAUGAUCAUGGUCCUUCUCGAUAUGAUACCCUUCCUUAUUGUCCUUCUUACUGCGUUUCUUCUUCUAUAUCCAAGUACAAUACCCCUAAUUUUUAGUGCAUCCGUUCGAAAUCUUUGUCUAAGAACGCGCAACCAGCGGUUUACUUGCUCAAACCCAACAUGCGGACGAGACAGUUGUGUUACUUGUCACAAACCCUGGCAGGACCCGCAUAUAUGCCACGAGCCGCUUCUUCUUAAUCUCAGAACAACCGUUGAAGCCGCCCGCACCGCCGCAAUAAAGCGCACAUGUCCGAGGUGUGGCUUAUCUUUUGUCAAAUCCUCCGGGUGCAAUAAGCUCACCUGCGUUUGCGGAUACUCAAUGUGUUAUCUCUGCCGCAAGGCUCUUGGUCCACCGCUCAGACAGCCGGGCGGUAAUGGCUUCCGUCCUGGACGACUCCGGGAUCAAGAAAACCUUGCAUUGCUGGAUGCAGGAUUUGAUGGUCCGGUCGAUCUGGAUGAACAGUCCGACGAAGAAUUACCGGACGAUGAAGAGGAAGGGGAGGGGUAUAAGCACUUCUGUGAGCACUUUCGUAUUAAUCCGGGUUCUCGUUGCACUGAAUGCAACAAGUGUGAUCUUUACAUGGCGGAAGAUGAAGAGGCCGUAGCUCAACGGGCCGGGGAGAAGGCUGAGCGUGAAUGGAGAUAUCGACAGGGCUUGACAACCGGUCCUGUCCCGCAUCAUUUUGGCAUUGUCAAUGCCCAACUUCACGAUAAUAGGGGCAGAAAGUCAGACCCCCGCACCGGCCGUGUCUUUGCACCGUGGGAAUGGAAUUGGAAAUUUGACCCUAAAGACUGGAAAGCACGAUGUCGUUUCUGGGUAAAGGAUGUGUGGCGUGAUGAAAGGUGGAAAGGAGAGGCGCAAUAUCUGGUUGAUAGAAUUGUGGAGAUUUUGAUCGUUGUUGAGACCUGAUGACCUUACGGCUGCUAAUAGCGACGAGUCUUCUUUUGUUUCUUUUUAUUCUCAUUUCUUGCAUGGAGUUUCCGGCGGGGUUGCGGUUGGGAUUGUGGAAGGAUGGCUAGAGCCAACUCCGUCCAGGAAAAGAGUGAAGUUAUAAUGGCUUAUGAGGCUGAGUAAAGAUCUGGACAUCUGAGCAUAGCUAUAUGUGGUACGGGUUUUGGCGGUUUUGGGCAUUGGGAUAGGUCUUGCACCU